AUCAAUCCAACGGCUCUCAUUUCAUAUCAGACACCUUGUCCCUUUCUCUCUCUUCCCACCGUUAGAACUUACUUCAUCAUCAAACACACAGCAAAGAAGAUUAUCUCAUCUCUCAAAAAAGUGACGGUAUAAAUUCAUCAUAAACCACUCACAAAUGCACGAGAACACAAUAAAAUAAAAAAUAAACUUUUCUAUAUUUCCAUUUCAAAAUUUUCUAUCUCUUUAUCUUUUCAAUGUCAUCGUUAGAUUAUCUUUCUCCUUUAACACACACAACAAUUUAUCUUCAUUCUCAUCACUUUCGAAACGCGCGUCGUUUUGUUCCCAAUUCAGCUCCAAUUAGGGUUCUAAGAGAUGCUAAUUUUUUGAAAGAUUUCGGAAAAUUCGAUUUAUGGCGUGGAUUAAAGUUCAACAGUAAGGGCGGCGGCGGUGGUGGUUGUGGUUGUGGUGGGACUGCUGCAACCGGUGGUCAGGAGAAUGAUUCUGAUGAGAAGAAUGGAGAGAGUAAAGGUGUUGAAGUUGAAGUUGAACCGGGUUCAAGUGGUUCUAGUUCUGGUUCGAACCGGAGGAAGGAGACCCAAGAGAAAGAUGGUUGGUGGUGGUGGUUAGGUUCAAAAAAUGGGAAAUGGGAAUGGCAACCGACGUUGAAACCUCAAGAAGCUGCUGUUUUGCUUCUUCACUUAGGGACUGUGUUUUUUUUUAAUAGGUUUUUUUGGCCUUUGAUUCCUUUACCUGGCUCGGAGGCGAGACCUUUGACAACGCCUGUGAGAGUUCCUUAUAGUGAUUUUUUGAGUAAGAUUAAUAGUGAUCAGGUUUUGAAUGUGGAAGUUGAUGGAGUUCAUAUAACGUUUAAGUUGAAGUCUGAUUUGGAAGGUGGUGAAGUUGAUAGUAGUGGUAGUAGUAGUAGUAGUAGUAGGUUGCAGCAGGAAUCAGAGUCUUUGGUUAAGAGUGUAGCUCCAACGAAAAGGAUUGUUUAUACUACAACUAGGCCUAGUGAUAUAAGAACUCCUUAUGAAAAGAUGCUUGAGAAUGACGUGGAGUUUGGUUCACCUGAUAGACGUUCCGGUGGAUUUAUCAGCACUGCUUUGACAGCCAUGUUUUAUGUUGCUUUAGUGGCAGGGCUUCUCCAACGGUUCCCUGUAAACUUCUCUCCGAAUACUCCUGGUCAGAUUAGGAAACGCAAAUCAGGAGCUUCGGCCGGUACAAAAUCAUCUGAAAAUGGUGAAGCAAUCACCUUUGCUGAUGUUGCGGGUAUUGAUGAGGCUAAGGAAGAGCUAGAAGAGAUUGUGGAAUUUCUUCGAAAUCCGGAUAAAUAUGUGCGACUUGGAGCUCGUCCUCCUCGAGGUGUUCUCUUGGUAGGUCUUCCGGGAACAGGCAAGACUUUACUAGCAAAGGCUGUAGCCGGAGAAGCUGAUGUGCCAUUUAUAAGUUGUUCUGCCAGUGAGUUUGUUGAGUUGUAUGUUGGUAUGGGUGCUUCCCGGGUGAGAGAUCUCUUUGCAAGGGCAAAGAAAGAAGCACCAUCGAUAAUAUUUAUUGAUGAGAUAGAUGCUGUGGCUAAAAGUCGUGAUGGUAAAUUUCGCAUUGUAAGCAAUGAUGAACGAGAACAGACCUUGAACCAGUUGCUGACUGAGAUGGAUGGGUUUGACAGCAACUCAGCAGUGAUUGUUCUUGGGGCAACUAAUCGUGCCGAUGUUUUAGAUCCUGCACUUCGCCGACCAGGAAGAUUCGAUCGAGUAAUUAUGGUGGAAACACCUGAUAGGAUUGGAAGAGAAGCUAUCCUGAAAGUUCAUGUUUCUAAGAAAGAACUUCCUUUGGCCAAGGAUGUUUACAUUGGUGAUAUUGCUUCUAUGACUACUGGAUUCACAGGGGCGGAUCUGGCAAACCUAGUAAAUGAGGCUGCUUUAUUGGCAGGAAGAAAGAACAAAGUUGUUGUGGAGAAAAUUGAUUUCAUUGAAGCUGUGGAAAGGUCAAUAGCUGGCAUAGAAAAGAAGACUGCCAAGUUGCAAGGAUGUGAGAAGGGUGUAGUUGCACGGCAUGAAGCUGGUCAUGCUGUAGUAGGCACUGCAGUUGCGAAUCUUCUUCCUGGACAGCCACGUGUUCAGAAACUAAGCAUAUUGCCUAGGUCGGGAGGGGCCUUGGGCUUUACUUAUAUACCUCCAACAAAUGAGGACAGAUACUUGCUUUUCAUUGAUGAAUUGCGUGGCCGCCUGGUGACCCUUCUUGGAGGACGUGCAGCAGAAGAAAUUGUAUAUUCUGGCCGGGUGUCAACAGGUGCACUUGAUGACAUACGACGAGCAACUGACAUGGCAUACAAAGCUAUUGCUGAAUAUGGUCUUAGUCAGACAAUAGGCCCUGUGUCAAUUUCCACUCUUACUAAUGGUGGAAUGGAUGAGUCUGGGGGAUCAGUUUCUUUUGGAAGGGAUCAGGGACAACUUGUUGAUCUUGUUCAAACAGAGGUGAGAGCAUUGCUUCAGUCUGCAAUGGAAGUAUCACUUUCCAUUGUACGAGCUAAUCCUACUGUUGUAGAGGGUCUUGGUGCUCAAUUGGAAGAAGAAGAGAAAGUAGAAGGUGAAGAGUUACAAAAAUGGUUAAGAUUGGUAGUUGCACCAACAGAACUUACAAUUUUUAUGCAAGGAAAGCAACAGACCCUUCUCCCAUUGCAGACUGGUUCCUGAAACUGUUAAAAGAAUUGUCUAUUAUGUGUUUCCGGUGUGAAGUGGAACUCGAGGUAUGAUUUUUAACUUGGUUCAACCAAAGCUAGUGAAAUUAUAUCUCAAAAUAGCAUGCCUUGCAACAUUGUAUAUUCCUGUAAGGUGAACUUUGGUAUAGUUUUUAGUACAUGCCAACCUGUAAUUUGUAUUUACUCACCAUUCACUCAACCGAAGCCACGGGAAAAAAGAAAGAUGAAGAAAAACUUACAUUAGCGCCUAUCUUCAAUUCAACUAUAUGAGUAAUGGUAAUUUAAUUUGUAUAUUGACUAUUAUUUUCAGUCAUGUCGGAAAAUGUAAUUAAUAUAUAGUUGUAUACAUUAAUGAUUCUGUGAAAUAUAUGUCCCUGCUACAUGUUACUGUUA